AGUUUCCCGUCCUCAGUCCAGGUCUUAAUACUUUGUGUCUGAUCUGUCUUUGCUCGGUCCCUCUGGAAUGACAUGGGUUCAUGAAGAUAUACGGCCCCGUCUCCUCCUUCUCCCAGUCUGUUAUCCCUCAGCUGGGUGGACUAGCGAUAGAACUGACUGUAGAGGAGCUGAGCAGCCUCCGAUUGACUGAGCGGAGGUGCAUCUCGGCUCUGGGUGCUGUCAGUGCCUGGAGCAACAGACAGGUAGCUGCUUUGGCCACAGCACUUAAUCUGGCUGCAGUCUUUACCGCCGUGUUAAACUCCACCAAACAGAGUCCGAGCCAGCUUGACUCCAGCACGCUGGUGGCAAUGGGAUACAUUGUGUGCGGAGCUAAAACCACAGAGAUUAACUCUUUCAAUGCCGUAGAGUUCAGUAAGGCGGUGCGCUGGCUGGGUCAGCUGACACUGUCCUGCUCAGAGGAGCAGCUGGAUGCUCUUGUUGGGCUGCUUACCCACAGCCUUGCUUUUGGACCCAUAAGUUCCUGGGGAACUGAUGUCUUCAUUGAGAUCGGAGUUCUGGCAGCUGGUCUCCCAGACUUCGCCAUGUCUGCUUUGGUGAAAGAGCAAAUUGAAGGAAUCUCGCCUAAGGCUAUCUCAAUGAUACCACCUAAACGGUUUUAUGUGGCAUUAAACCACAGACAGAUCAGCAUGUUCUCCUAUGAGCAGGCCGCUGCAGUAACUACUGAGCAGUUCUCUGCUCUGUCAGAUGUUCAGAGGACGGCGCUGGCUAUGGUGCUGACACCCUGGGAGAACAGACCUGUAGACUUCAGAGGGAAGUCACUGGGCCUGGCGCUGAGCCACAGUCCUCUGUGUCUCGUACUGGGACUGCUGAUGCUGCUGAUCGUCCUGCCCUGCCCUGACCCGAUCUGCCCGGGCACAUGACCCAACUCAGCCCUGCUGGAUCAUGAGACACCUCCUCGCCCACAUAACCACGAUGAUCUCAUUGAUCUGUGGAAUACCAUACCUCUUUGAAAUACGCAGCACUUCAGGAUUUCCACAAAGUGUAUUAAGUGAGACUGUAAUUUAUUUUGUGCAGUUAUCAAUUUGACAUAUCAACAUUAAGCACUAGAUGAACCAAAUGACUAGUUUAAUUCAAAGUAGAGAGAGGAAAAACAAAACAUGUUCAACGUAUAAACAAUAUAUCCACCAAGUCUAACUAAAACCCAUAGAACUAUUUUCAUUACACUUGGCUUAUUUAUUUAUAUUUUGAUAAACCUGUAUGAAUCCCUACUGUCCCAAUGUAUCCUUCUCAGGGAUGUGACGCCAUACCUAGAAAAGCAACCCGGACACUUAAGAGAUUUAAAUAUAGUUAUUAUACAGUUAUUAUGAACAAAUCAAAGUUGUGUUGCAAACCCACAAAGUUAUAUAUUUUUGUGAAAUUAUAUAAUAUUUUUGUCAGAGUAAGCGCUUUAAUCUUUGCUACAUUUAUAUAUCGACUGUGAGUUAUCUUGAUUAGAUAACAGGUUCAUAAUGCUCAAUAAGACCUGAUUGUAUUAGUUUUGGUCAACUUCUGUUUAUUUUGCUGUGAGUUUUCUAUUGUU